AUGUCGCGGGCAAGCGUCGCCCACCGCCCGGCGCACCCCUCCCACGAUCCAGUCCGACCCUCUCCAUCCGCUGCUUCCGCCCUGCCGCCGCCGCCUCGACCGCCCCCACGACCGCCCCCGUUCGACUCGAGCACGCAGACUCGGCCUCAGCCCCCGCGACCGUUCAGCCAUUCAGUCCCUUUUCCAAGUCCGCCCACCCACCCCCCCGUCUCUGUCCCCGCCCAGAUACAAAUUCUCUCCCCCACCCAGCCUUUUAGGCACCAUCGCUCGGCCACCGUCCCUUUUAUCCACCCCUUCGCAUUUCCCUCCUCCUCCUCCUCCUCCUCUCCUCUCACCUCCUCCCACAACUACACCUACGCCUCCACUCCACACCCAACCUCUAUACACCAACGCAUCAUGCCCGUCUCCUCCCCCUACCCCAGACACAUCUCUCCUCCACCCUCCUACGCCCACUCUCCCUCGUCCUACCCCUUCCCGUCCUGCCUCUCCCCUGCCGCCUCGCAGCAGCAGCAGCAGCAGCAGCAGCAGCAGGCCCAACCCUCACCCGCAGACUUUUCCUUCGACCCUCUCGCAGGUGCAGACCCCACCUCCACGCCCCUCUACGACACCGACCUCUUCGACCCGGCAUCCACCACAGACUCCGCGCCCUGGUCCGCUAAGCAGUACCAGGCCCUCGACUACGCCGAGCGUCUCAAGUCUGCGCUCAUCUCCCCUAAUCGCGCCCUCGACGGCGGCGGCGGUGGGUACAUGCACUCUCCGCGCGUGAAGCAGGAGCAGGUCCGCGCCCACGCUCAGGUGUACAGCCCGCUCAAUCUCCCCAGCGAUUUCUCCUACUUCGACGCCCCCGUCGGCAUCCCCGUCUCCGUCCACGCGCACGACCCCGGCAUGCCAUACAGCCCCUCUGCGGACCUCGCCGCCAUCGCGGCGGCCAACUCGGCGCAGAUGUACUACGCGCAGGACAUGGACGUCGACAUGGACGCCGUCGGCGUCGUGGGUGUCGGGCUCCCCUAUGGUCUCAGCCCGCCCGUGUCGGUGCCGUACCAGCAGCAGCAGCAACAGCAGCAGCACGAGCCGUCGUCGCCCAUCGAGCUGCAGUACCCCUCUGAGCUGCAGUACCCCUCUGGCAUGCAAGCGCACUCUCCUGGCGCGUACUCGUCGUCGGCGUCCGCGUCGGCGUCGCCCCCGCAGUUCCAGGAUCAGGGGCAGGGCGGGUGCGACCCGCGCUUCGUGAGCAGUUUCCCCGGCGGGGGCACGAUGGAUGUCGCCAUGGGCGUGGACACGCGCGGGGUGUUUGGGAGCACGAGUCCGCCUGCGCUGACGCACGGCGGGUCGGGCUCGGAGUUUGAGGACGAGGAGAGCCGGAGUCGGGAUGGGUUCGGGGGGUACGGCGCACGUGUAGGGUACGAGUACCCGGCGGGGCUGAGGGCCGGACCAGAGGGCGAGGGAGACGAGUUUGACCGCGACGCGAGCGGGGAGAGCGAGGUGGAUGAGCGGGACGAGGAUGAUGACGAGGAUGAUGAUGAGGAACAGGAGGUGGAAGACGACGACGACGACGGCGAGUUCGUCUUGGGCGGGUCGCGCGCCCGCUCGCGCUCGACCGCGCACUCCCGCGGGCGCGUGACGCGCUCUUCCCUCCGUGCAGCAGCCACGCGCGGGAGCGCCUCGCCAACUACGAGCCCAACAAUGUCGGCGCUCUACGCGCCCACGCGCGCGUCUGGCUCGCGCUCGCGCUCGCCCGCGCCGCGCGCCCCGCGGCAGCGCGCGCCUGUGCCGGUGCCGAACCUGACGAAGAAGAGCCGCGGGCGGCGGGUGCCAACUGCGCCAGUGAUGGUGGUGCAGGGCGGGGUGGAGAAGAACACGCGGGCGUACGCGUGCGCGGUGCGCGGGUGCGGCAAGUGCUUUGCGCGCGGGGAGCACCUGAAGCGGCACGUGAGGAGCAUCCAUACGAACGAGAAACGUGACGCACAAGUGUCCGGUGCCUGGCUGUGGGAAGGAUUUCAGCAGGCACGAUAAUUUGGGGCAGCACAUGCGGGUGCACAAGGACUACUGCGAGACGUACUGAGCGUCUUCGCCCUUUGCCCGCCGCCUCUCCAAAAAUGCGACGUGCGACGCAGGCGAGGCCGAGGACGUGGCCCGGCUGAGACCGAGACCGACCGGCGGACGGGGGUGCAUUUUUGACGUUUGACGUUUGGGUGUCGAGUGAGUCGAGGCUGAGUCCCGGGCGUGCGCUGGAUCCGGGCGUGCACCGCCUCGCGUUCGUCUGCGGGCUGUGUCUUGGUCCGUGCGUGCGUCCGUGCGUUCGCUCCAUGUCGGCGCACCCCUAGCUCUCGAGCUCGCCUGUGCCAUCGGUCGUCGGCCCCUCUGUUUGCUGCCCGUGCGCCUCCAUUCUCGGUUUAAUUUUUCGUGGUACUGUCUACCCCGCCGCUCCUCGUUGCUCGUUCCCCGCCCGCCUGCCUGCCUGCCUGCCUGCCUGCCGUUCCUCCUCCUCGUCACCCGUGUCCCCUUUUUUGUGUCUUGUUUACCACGUCUGUUUUUUUUUACCUUGUAUUUCUCCCGUCUCGCGUGAUCCGUUCAUCCCUCGUUAUUUCACUGUUUCAUUGAUUCAUUGUUUCUGUUACUGCUACCCUUACUGUACUCUACCCUAUCCCUAUCCACCCUGUACCUCCCACCGCGUUCUGUGCACAAUUCCCAAACCGACCUCGAUCCCGACUCGAAUCAUGAUUCAGACCCCGGUCUCGAUUCCGAUCCCAAUCCACAUGCCUUUUUUUGUUCGACGCUCCCCUCGUCGACGCCUCGCUCCAUUUUCCCCGCUCCAUUUUCCUUGCUCCAUUUUCCUCUCACUCGCUCGGCGCAGAUUGUUCCCCGCGGCGCGGUUUACGGUUUCUUUCAUGGUGCCCUGUCCACCUCCACCGCCUCACCUCUCAAUAUGGUGCCAACGGGCUAGCGGAUCGCUCUCACGCCUUGACGAGAGGGCCGCCCGCGUCCUGCCUACGACCGACGCACCAACGACCUCCCUGUGCGCGUCCGAGCCGCUCUGCCGUCGGUCCUCGUCCGCCGCCCGUCUCCCGUUGCCGUAAGUCGCAGGUUACAAGCCACACGUCGCUUGUGCAAGCGGCCCGCCGUCGAGCAUCUGUGCGCUGUGCGCUGUGGUCGCGCUCGGGCCAGCCAGCCAGCCUCCCGCCAUCGAG